CAUUAAAUACCUUCACAGCCUUCAUAAAAUCUCUCUCUUCUCUCCAGAAUAACGCCACUGGUAGUAGUAUUAAAAAUUAAAAAGAAUCCAAUGCAGCACAUAAACUAAAACAUUCACGGUUUCACCUUCACACUUAUACUUUCACUUAUUUACAACCAUGCCCUCCCGACAAACACCUUCACCGCCGCCGCCUAACAUUCUCUCUUCUCAUCUCGUCCCUCCACUUGCCGGCGCCGGUGCUGGGGUUUUCUCUCUCCUUAUUCUCUUCAUUAUUUUCUAUCGGAAACUCGCUCUAACUCGACGUACAACGCCGUUAAACGAGGAGAGAGAAACUCGCCGGAAACUGCAACCGCCGGAGCUUCGAAAAUUUUCUUUCUCUCAGUUUCGGAAGGCGACUUCUUCUUUCGAUAUAUCGUAUCGGGUCGGCCAAGGUGGGUUCGGUUCAGUUUAUCGUGUGGCACUUCCUUCUACUGGAGAAAAUGUCGCUGUUAAAGUUAUGGAAACUUCGGGAACUAUACAAGGUGAACGUGAGUUUCACAACGAAAUCUGUCUAGCAAAUCGUGUAAUAUCUACGGUUGGAUCGCCGUUUCUGGUGUCAAUCCUUGGGUAUUCGUGCGGUGGAAGAGGAAGAGGCAGAGGGAGAGGAGAGAGGAAGGUUAUAGUUUAUGAAUUGAUGGUGAAUGGAAGCUUACAGGAGAAAUUAUUGGAUAGUAAAUGCGUGGAGCUUGCAAAUUGGGAGAAAAGGUAUAAAGUAAUACUUGAUGUAGCUAAAGCUUUGUAUUAUUUGCAUUUUAAUUGUGGAAAUAGUGCUGUUGUUCAUGGUGAUGUUAAACCCAGUAAUGUUUUGCUUGAUGAUGAAUUCAAUGCUAAAUUAGGGGAUUUUGGCUUAGCUACUGUUUUAGAUAAGGAGAAUGAUGAUGAAGUCAGUGUUUUGAUUGAGAUUGAUGAUGUUGUUGAUGAUGACGUAAAAAAUGGGGAGGAAAUUGAGUCCAUUGUCGAGGAAGAGGUGGAGAGUGAGAGUGUUGUAACGACGGUGGAGAGAUCACCAACGACGUGUAGUAAUACGAUGGCUUCGCCAUGUGAAGGGUUUGAGAGGGCAAGUAGUCUGCCGGAGAGUUGGGUGGAUAAGAUGAGUGUUGAGAGUGGGAAGAUAGGGAAGAAGAAGAACGGUGGGGGAUCGGGGAGGGAUUAUUGGUGGUGGAAACAGGAUAAUGGUGGGAGUAAUGGGGCUGUUGGAGGGUCUGAAUCGGGGAGAGUUAAAGAUUAUGUGAUGGAGUGGAUUGGGAGUGAGAUUAAGAAGGAAAGACCUAAUAGUUCUGAUUUGAUCGGAGGGACGAUCACGACAGAGGAUUCUGGUUUGGUUUGUAAGGAUGAUGGUGGUUGUGAGGUUAGAGUUGAGGGGAAGAAGCAAAAGAAGAAGAGGAUGGAUUGGUGGCGGGUUUCUAUGGAUGAAGAUAAGUUCAGGAGGAAAAGAGAAAAGAAUAGGAGGCCAAGGGAAUGGUGGAAGGAGGAGUUUAGUGAGGAGUUGACUAAGAAGAGUAAAAACUGCAAGAAGAAUAAAACUGGUGUGAAAUCGAGUAGGAGUGAAUUGUGGUGGCAAAGGGAUGAGGAUUUCGUUGCACCCGAGAGGAAGAAGAGGAGGAAGAGUAGGGGUAGUUUAGGAAGUAUUGAUUGGUGGUUAGAUGGUUUUAGUGGCGAUCUUCGUGGUUGUCGGAGGAAUAGUCAGGAUUGGGUUAGUGGGGAUAUACCCAAAAGUGGUGGCAUUAGUAGCACACCUAGUAUGAGGGGUACUGUGUGUUAUAUUGCCCCUGAAUAUGGUGGUGGUGGGCAGAUAUCAGAAAAAUGUGAUGUAUAUAGUUUUGGCGUCUUGGUGUUGGUGAUCAUUUCUGGCCGUAGACCAUUGCAAGUGAUGGCUUCUUCUAUGUCGGAAUUUGAGAGGGCGAAUUUGGUUUCAUGGGCUAGGCAAUUGGCUUACAACGGGAAGCUACUAGAUCUUGUGGACUCCUCGAUUCAAGCAUUGGAUAAGGAUCAGGCAAUGCUAUUAAUUACAAUAGCACUCCUUUGUUUACAGAGAUCGCCCUGUAAACGACCCAACAUGAAAGAGAUUGUAGAAAUGAUAACUGGGGAAGCUGAACCACCCCAUUUGCCAUUCGAAUUCUCUCCAUCACCACCUUCGAAUUUCCCCUUUAAGUCGAGAAAAAAGGGUCGGUACUGAUGAAAAUUUGUUGUAUCUAUGUGACCGCUAAUGAAGGUAGAAUCUAUUGGUUGCUUUAUCUGUUACCCCUCACCUGGGCCAGGCUGCAUAAAGCUGAGUCGAAACAUGUUACCUGACUUGAAUGUAUGAAUGUCAGUGUGUGCUCGGUGGGUCAGGUGAAGGUGACAUGUUUGCUCUGUUCCUUGCAUUAUUCUUACCUUUCUUCUUGUUUUAGUAUCUCUGUUUGAUUACAACGGGGUAGAAAGUGAGUAAUGUUCGACUCCAGGGCCUAGGCAGUGCUGUUACAGUCAUGUCCUAGUUAAAUCAUAAGGACACAUUUCUUUAGUGAGCAAAAAGAGUAUCUGAUUGUUGUUCCUAUAUGAAUUGAAGUAUUCUUAUGGUUGUUCCUAUAUGAUUAUUUUGGCAGAUAGUAUAUUUUCGGGACCAUGGGGACUCUUGUCAUUCUGAUUAGAUCAGAAUCUGCACACCUUUCUUUUCUGACACUGUUUCUUGGCUCUACAGACUUGGCAAGUUUCCUCAAUUACAAAACAAGGCUUCGCCACCUUAUCAUGACUUUCUCAUAAAUAUUUUUGUGGCUACACAAAUGGUGGUUGGAUGUGGACGCACACCUUAGUCAACGUGCGACCUAGGCCCAAUAGCAUGCUAACACCUUGUUUUGAACUCGUUUGUGCAUAACAAGCCAUUGACGUCCUUUAUCCUAUAAUAAGUUAUGGGUGAAAAGACUCAAAACUUGAUAGCUCAACCAUGAACUUUGAAGCAAACAUUGAUGCAUGAUACAGAAGCAUUCAUUUCAGGAAUUUCUACCAAAGUAUAUACGUGAGGAAAGCGUUUUUUAAUGUUCUAAUAUGGAUAUUAAUCAAGUCUCGAUAGAAUAUAGAAAGUUGUGACCACGAAAGAUGAAUAUGUUCACUGAUUUUACAUCUGAGUAUGUAGACAAUGAAGUCCAUGGUAAAAGGUCGAGUUAUAUUCUACGACUACAGAGUUGAGUUGUAGAAGGAACAUUAGUCAAAUGAACGUAUGCAAGUCGUAGUUGUGAGUUGAGUUUUAUAGAUGAUGGGAGUUUUGCAUCCGUUAGUAUAAGGUGCUCGAAUGUAGUAGAUGUGAGGUGAGUUGCUUGUUCGAGCCGGCUGUUAGAGGGUCUCUUUUGUGAGAACCCUUUUUACUGAUUUACUUGACUGGAUAAAUAUCAAAAUCCUCUAGUAGAGCUUAAUGUAGAGCUUGUGUGCCAAAUGAGCAUUUCUUCUACUUUUAGCUUUAUAUAUACUUUAUGUUUUGACUCAUUUAAUUAUGCUUAUCAUCUACUAUCUAAAUUAUUUAUAAA